UUUAGUCAGCUGCUUAUUAGGGUUUGGGUGGAAUGCGCGGUCGCCCUGGUAAUGCUGCGGCAUUCUCUUGCCCGAUUCCUGCGCCGGCGCCCUAGAUUUACGCUUGUUCUUGCUCUCGGUUCGUCGGCCAUAGCUGGAGGAUGCGCGAUUGAUCGGGAUUCCUGGGUUCUUGCUCCAGCUGAGGUGACAUGAUCUCGAUCGACGAGGAAAACAACGGCUUCCAGAGUAAGGCUGCCUCGUUUGAGCUCCUCAAGCUAGCAAAUGAGAAGCAGGCCGCGGCGAAGCUGGUGAUUCGGCCGGCUGUCCUGGCCAGGGCUCUUGAGGAAGAGCUUAGGGACGAGCAAGUGCCCAGCAGCUUGGGGCCAUCAGAUGAUUCAUUCAUUUUUGAGCAUCAUAGGGCAAAGCGAGAAUUUUUUGCAUUGCCGCUUGGCCGAAUCGCUAGAACUAUGAAAACUUGGAUACGAGAAAUGGAGGACAAGAGGAGGGCAAAGCUCUUCAAUGCUGUCGCUGGAGCUGGCGCAGGUUCUAUAUCUGCAACGUUUGUCGCUCCACUCGAUGUCGUGAAAACGCGACUUCAAAUCCAACGCAUUCCAAAGGCUGGACAACUUGGUGUAAAUGCUUUUGGAGGUACGAGCUUAGGAAAGACACUUCAAUCGAUAGUGAGGCAGGAGGGAGUCAGGGGACUUUACCAGGGCUUGGCUCCAACGAUUUUGGCGUUGCUUCCCAACUGGGCGGUUUUCUUUACAACUUACGAGCAAAUGAAGAGGUUAUUGCAGACGAGAGAUUCACAAGCCGGGAAGCAGCAGCUGACGAUGAGCUCACAUUUAUUAGCUGCGACGGUGGCUGGAGCCGCGACUAAUCUUAUUACCAAUCCUCUCUGGGUUGUUAAGACUCGUUUGCAGACUCAACGGCUGAGACCGGAUUUAGUUCCCUACAAGAAUACUUUCUCUGCCUUACGUCGCAUUGCGGCUGAAGAAGGCCUCAGUGGCUUGUAUAGCGGAUUGAUACCAGCACUUGCAGGAGUAAGUCACGUCGCGGUGCAGUUCCCGGUUUAUGAGCAGCUGAAGCAGUAUUUCGCAAAGCUAGAUGGAACUACGACAGAUAGAUUGUCAACAGGUCGCGUGGCAAUUGCUUCAUCAAUAUCAAAAGUCCUUGCUUCUACCAUGACGUACCCUCAUGAGGUUGUGAGAGCUCGGCUCCAACAACAGGGUCAGGUCGCCGUCACUCAUAUGAAAUACGCCGGUGUUGUAGAUUGCGUGAGGAAGAUCUGGGUGGAGGAGGGAAUCGCCGGUUUCUACCGAGGCUGCGGGACAAAUCUCAUGAGAACAACACCCGCGGCUGUGAUCACCUUCACGAGUUUCGAGCUGAUAAUGCGGUUCCUCCAGAGCUUGGAGCCUCCCAAGGCAGUGGUUUUGAAAAGAGACGACGACGACAGCGGCGAGGAGGUCGUCUCGGAAGAAGUUACAAAACAUUGAGUUUUGGCACAGUUCGUGAAAGCCAAGCGGGUCUGGGUGACGAUUUUGGGAGCUCAAGCUUUCGUCUCCAGUGAGGUCUCGAUUCCUUCCAUCUUUUUGUCUUGCUCAUAUUUUGCUUAGCUCUCUGCGAUUGCAUUUGUUAGUAGCACAUAGGCCGCUGCGCUUGCCGGCUCCAAAUCAAGUACGAAUUUUGUUGCCCGA